AUGGGAAGCAGUGGUUACACUGGGAGAGGAACGGGAAUCGGCGGAGAGAUGAACGAAGGUGGAGAAGGAGGAAGCCGAAACGAAUUGGUGUCUGCAGCGGACUGCAACCGGGCCGGAGCGAAGUGGGUUAGGGCGCCUAGAUGGGCUUCGGAUAGAAGCGAAUUCGUUUUUAAACUUUUUUUUUCUUGCCACGUGACAUUCUCUAGGCCAAAAGAAGAAGAUAAUUUUGUUAGUGGUAAAGGGAAACGAGAGGACAAAGCAGACCAAGCAGACCGAGAAGUUGCUGCUUUUCUCUUAGACCAUCUAAUAGGUAAGGAGGAAGAGAGAUUUGGGCGUGUGCCUCCAACAACCAUGGUGCGUGUCAAGAAUUUGGUGACGGAUCUAAAAAAUGGACAAGCGGUUCAGUUUAUAUUUUGUUAG